CUGCCAGUGUGCAGCUGAAGAAAGCAACCUUUGGUCCUUUAGCCUCUCCCGAGAUUGUAUCCGACUCUUUCGCCCUCUGAAAUUUUACCGAAUGCAACUUGCAGAGAACAUCGAUGGUCUCUUCUCGUGAUACGAAGCUGCAGAUUCAUGGACAUUUUAUCACAUUUGCUAUCCUUGGGACUUGAGUCGGCAGAGAGAGAGUGAGAGACUGGUUCACUGCCUUGGUGAUCGAUCGUCGGUGUACGAAGGGGGAGAGAGGGUCCGGACUACGAGUCAGAGCGAGGGCAGAGUCACCCAUGUGGUGGGACACACUGUCCACGGCCACAGGAUUUAAUAAUGUCUCAGCUGUGGCCCAGGCCCCCCACCAUUUUGCAUUUGCUCUCGUCUCUCUCUCUGCAGUGAAGACUGUGGGUGCUUCUUUGCAGGUUUGAAAAGCGAGCUACUCUAAAAACAGGGUGUUCUGAGAGUCCCAGAAGAAAAAAGAGAAAAAAAAAGGGAAAGGAAGAGGAAGCUUGAGCACUCAAAGCCCUUGAGGAAUACGCUUUUCAUCACACGCACAUUUUACUAGAGCAAACAAAUACACCAAAGUCCUUGGUAUCUCGGUAUCUCCCUUUGGUGGUCUCGUGCUGCUGCCCUCAGCCUCCAUCUCGCUCUUGUCCCCUGAAACUGAAGAGAAGAAGCGGCACCUCUCUCUCUCUCACACACACACACACACACACACAGAGAGAGAGAGAGAGAGAGAGAGAGAGAGAGAGAGAGAGAGAGAGAGAGAGAGAGAGAGUAUGGCAGUGCUGCUAUCUGGAGCCAGAAUGAUGGUCGGUUUUGUUGCUCUCUUUUGGCAAAUGCAGCUGAUAAUGGCAGGUUGUCCUCUAGACUUGAGCGGCUCCAACUUCCCAGAAGCAGCUUCCGCUUGUUCUGAACAAGACCGAGGGAACUGUUGUAGAUAUAUGCAUGCGUUUGUUGCUAUUGCUGUAGCUCGAUAUGCGAAUGUAACUGGCAGAUUAGGAGUCCCUUCAGACAUGGUGGAUGCCUGCCUUACUUCUGUUUCAGAAACACUAGAACUAUACGGCAUUCCAUCCAAUGCAACCAAAUAUUGCCAGCUGGGUGUGAAGAUUCCUGUUGAUUUUCGGUGUGAUGGACGGAUAACAGUUAUGGAAAUGCUUCUAGUACCAAAAUUUGAGGAUGUCAUUCGUAAUUGCAAUAUCUCUCUUUCUAAAGAAGAAAAUUGCAGAAGUUGCUUAAACGCCAUCAUUCCAUAUCUUCACAAUCUUGUGGGAGCCGAAGGUAAUGCAAUUUUGAGCACUUGCAGAGAUGCAACAUUUGCUACUCUUAUAAGUCAGAGUGGAAAUGUUUCAUCUUUUGACAUUGCAAGCUGCUUCUUUGGCGUUCGAAGACUUGGUACCCAGCCAGUAUCUGGGCCAUCUCCGAAGCUGCUUACACCUCAGCCUUCUUCAAGUUCACCGGUAACUUCCCCUACUCCUAAUCAGCAGCCAGCGCAUUCUCUAAACAAGGAAGAGCACCAUCCAUAUCACCUCACAUUAGUGCCACGCAUUGGAAUCGCUGUGACAGGGAUGGCUUUUCUAUUAUUAGUCAUCCUGAUACUCCUUAUACACAGAAAAGCCAGAGAACUUAAGGGAUCUCCUACCACUGAUACUGGAUCAUGGAAAGAUUUUCAUCGUCACUGGAAAAUUCCUAAAUGUCAGGAAGGUUCCUCUCCAGUUUUCCGCAGGUUCAGCUACAAAGAGAUGAAGAAGGCCACAAGCAAUUUUAGUACCGUCAUAGGGAAGGGGGGGUUUGGAACUGUUUAUAAAGCUGAAUUUGAGAAUGGUUUCACUGCUGCUGUGAAAAGGAUGAAUAAAAUUUCAGAGCAGGGAGAGGAUGAAUUUUGCAGAGAGAUGGAACUUCUGGGCAGGCUUCAUCAUCGUCAUCUUGUGGCUCUUAGAGGGUUUUGUGUUGAGCAAAACGAGAGGUUCCUGAUCUAUGAAUACAUGCAAAAUGGAAGCUUGAAGGACCAUCUUCACUCUCCAGGAAAAGUUCCACUAAACUGGAAAAUAAGAGUUCAGAUUGCCAUAGAUGUGGCGAAUGCUCUGGAAUACCUUCAUUUCUAUUGUGAUCCUCCUCUCUGCCACAGAGAUAUAAAGUCUAGCAAUAUUCUGCUCGACGAGAAUUUUGUUGCAAAGGUUGCAGAUUUCGGCCUUGCACAUGCUGCAAGGAUAGGUGCAGUCAGCUUUGAACCAGUGAACACCGACAUACGAGGAACUCCAGGUUACAUGGAUCCUGAGUAUGUUGUGACGCAGGAACUUACAGAAAAGAGUGACAUAUACAGCUAUGGAGUUUUGUUGCUCGAACUUAUUACAGCACGGAGGGCAAUACAGGAUAGCAGGAACUUGGUGGAAUGGUCUAGGAAAUUUAUGACAUCAACAUCAAGCCUACCUGAGAUGGUUGAUCCAAUAAUUGCUGAUGCAUAUGAUUUUGAACAACUUCAUACUAUGGUGAGAAUUGUGAGAUGGUGCACGCAAAGAGAAGGAAGAUCCAGACCAUCGAUCAAGCAGGUCCUUAGGUUGCUUCAGGAGAGUUUGGACCCCGUCCGGAGUACACUGGCUCAGGUUGCACAGGAUGAAGAUGGAGGGGGAGAAGGCACCAGGAAUAAAGGGAAAUUUCACAGGAACAGUGAUGCAAUAAGUCAAAAUGGUGAUGCUAGAUAUUUACAGUCAUCAUCCAGUACAUCCAGGUCAUAUUGUAGUAGAAGUUUCUUGCUUGAUACAGGUUCACCUCCAUCUCCAACUGGUCUAUCAGUGUGAAAAUACGAGAAAUGGACAGUCUUAUUCUCUGGGUUCGUCUGGCAGCUGUGGGCACUGAGAUAGUCUUAAAUUCCAACAGCUGGAUUAUGGGCUGGGCAGUUAACCCUGGCAUAGGUAUUCUGUUUUAUUUGGCUGAGUUGUUCUCCUAUAGCCAUCUAUAGCGGCAUCAUCCUCCAAGGUGUCAUGUAGCUCAUACUAUUAUUUUUUAAUUUUUAGAUGAAUCUUGUUUUUUUAUAUAUAUAUAUUCUGGGUAUGUUCUUUUUUCUGUCCCUCUUUGUGUAAUAUGUAACUGUGGCAGCAGGCAAGUUCCAUGAGUAGUGGUAAUACUUGAAAAAUCA